AUGCCCUCGGCAUAUGACCAGAAGAAGCCCGACUCGGGCAAGAAGGCCAAUGCCGUCAAAACCGCCUUUGACAGUGAAAGUUUCGAUGCCGACUGGACUAUCCACGUCCCAGGCCUUGUGGGCUCAGCGACCAUAUCCCCUUCUGGUCGUGAUGUCGCCCUCGCGUCUCCUGAGGGCCUUGCAAUCAUCGAUCUUGACUCUCCCUACAGCCCUCCCCGACGUCUGAGCAGUCGCGGACUGCCAUGGCUUGUGGUCGAUGUCCAAUGGUCGCCUUUUGCUGCUCGCGACUACUGGGUCGCAUCCACUGCCAACCAUCGUUGUCUGGUCUGGAACCUAAACUUUCGCGACGAUUCGGCCUCUGGCCCCAUCGAGCACUCACUGCAGGGUCACAGCCGUGCCAUCACUGAUAUUAACUUUUCGGCUCACCACCCGGAUCUGCUCGUGACAUGCUCCGUCGACGGCUAUGUCCAUAACUGGGACCUUCGUCGCCCACAGCAGCCUGCGCUAAGCUUUUGUGACUGGACCGCUGGUGCCACGCAGGUCAAGUUCAGUCGUCAGGAUCCCCACAUGCUUGCGUCAUCUCACGACCGGCUCUUGCACAUCUGGGACGAAAGACGGCCGGUCGAACCCGUCAAGACCAUUAUGGCGCACUCGUCCAAGAUCUAUGGGAUCGAUUGGAACCGCACGAGAGCCUCUGCGCUCGUGACAUGUUCGCUGGACAAGAGCAUCAAGUUUUGGGAUUACAAAAACGAGGGUGACGCCCCAGAACGCGUCAUUCGUACUGAUUUCCCCGUCUGGCGUGCCAGGCAUACACCCUUCGGCUGGGGAGUGCUUGCUAUGCCCCAGAAUGAGCCUGGUAAUCUCCACCUUUUUGAUGGUCGGUCCGGUGACGGGGCUCCUCAGGACAGCAGAGAAGACCCUGUCUUUGUAUUCAAGGGCCAUGGAGACCACAAGGUCAAGGAGUUUCUUUGGAGAAGCCGGGGAGGGGUAGAUGAUAAUGGCAUUGACAGUCGAGACUUCCAGCUUGUGUCCUGGGGCGCAGACAAGGAGUUGCGAUUGGAACGCAUGGAGGCAGAUGUGUUGGAAAAGGUCGGCUACGUCAAGGGUCAGCCUGCCCCCAAAGAUCUCGUCCUUACCCGCAAAGGUGCCACCUACAAGACCUUCCGUACCGUAGAUGAUGGCGUUCAUCGUGACAGGUGGAACGGCACCAUGACCGACCCUCGCGCCUCUCAUACCUCUAACCCCCUCCGGCGCAAUGGUCUUGCCAGCGGCAACCAAAACACACACCACAAGCCCGCGUCUGCAUGGCGGGCGCCAUCUAUGAAAGCCAAAACUGUGGGCAAGGAGUCAAAUCGGAGCCUGGCCCAGAUAGGAUGGAUGAGAGGUGUAACGAUGAGCAAGCGUAAGACGCAGACUGGAGCUUCGAGCAGUAACCGGGAUGCUCUAUCGCCCACCGAUCAAGACUCUAUUUUUGGCUCAGUAUAUCACGAUAAUGAAUGGGGCGAACCCGAUACUCUCCAAGACGAGUUCGUUCGCCUCACUAGUCAACUACCAAACGUAAAAUGGAACCACAUCGACAUGGACAAUCUUACAAUAAACGCAAGCCUCAAAGGCCCAUGGGGCGUCAGUGGCGAUCCCAUACAUAUCAAGGUCAAAGUUGACAUACCCAAAAAGUAUCCCAAGUCCAAAGCCCCGAGGUUCUUCAUCGACAAGAGCUCGUUCAUGACGGAAGAAACACGCACCAAGAUUGAGAAUGAGCUUUCUCUUCUGGUUGGCCAGUUUGCGCAGCACAAAAAGAACUCUUUAGGGCCAGCGUUUGCUUACCUCCUCGGAGAAGUCGACCUUGCCGGAAGCACCAGCUUUUUGAGGGAUCUGGGAGACAUGGACGAUAUGGACGACGAAGACGAAGACUUGGAGACCACAGGGAGGACUGCCGUGGCCGAUGACGAGAGCUCUAGCGACAGUGAAUCGGAUAUCCCGCCAGGUGGCUCUGCAGCUAUGUCCCAGGAGCUGCCUGAACCGACAACUGGGUCUGAUGCUCCGGCAGCACUUUCUGGGGGAUUCAGACAGACAGUCAUACCCGUAAAACGGACCUGUGGUGCCCGCUUUUCUAAUGACGGGAAGCUAGCAUGUUUCUUCCCGACAAAGGAGGAGAAGGCUAGGGCUUUGUUCCUCGUCAAUACCGACUCCGUCAGGGAACGAUCUAAGGGUGAGCCUAGAUUUGCAGGGUUUGGUCGCCUUUUGCAAAACUCGCAGUCUCCCACCGGUCGUCGCAACCCCGAUGAUUCUGCGAGUGAAGAUGGAUCAGGCGGAUCAGAUGCGGAUGACUCGUCGUCAUCGUCCUCCUCGGACUCCGAGUUGGCGUCCAUGAACCGCAUCAGUUUCUGGUACCGGCAGGGCCGUAGCAAAUUUCGAAAGUCGUGGAGCGCCAAUGAAUCCGUACGGUCGAGCGGUGGUGGAACCGGCACCGGGACCGGCACACAAGCCGGGACCAUCAGGGGGAGCAGGCGUACCGCCACAGUCAAGGCCAAGAACAUUGUGUCCAUACACGAUAUGCGUGAUCUCAUCCCCUCCAAACAGGCCUAUGCCAGGGAAUAUGCUAUUUUUGGCGAUGGAGAGGAAGUUUGUGAACAUAAUGCGCAGGUGGCAGAGCGGCACGGCGAUCAAGAUUUGAUGUACAUUUGGCGCUACGCUGGUCUCCUCCUGCGUUCCGAUAUACCUCUGCGGCUUGCGGAUGAGCAGCAGUUCCCAAGGAAGAAUACAGAUUCAUUCCUUGUGAUUGCCCGCGACGCAGUCUCUCGAUUUGGCGACACUUCGCCGCAUCAUGAAGCAGAGAUGUUUCUAGGCAAGGUCAAAUGGGGUCAACAUCCCUUGGUACAUGAAUUCAUCCGCGAUGUGUUCGCCUAUUUCGAGCAGCUGGCAGACAUUCAAAUGCUAGCUAUGCUCUCGUGCGUAUUUGGCGAUUCCUGGGCCAAGGAUAGCCUGGCAUACGCCGAGUCGCAUCUCACACAACCACAGACGCCAUUACCAAUGAAGGCCCCUUCAUUCUCUCUCGAGUACUUUCCGACUAAUCCUGAGCUAUGGCAUCAACAACAGCUGCAGUCAAACUGGCAGCACCAACAUCAUCACCUGCGUAGCCAGGCAAGCUCGGCCAUAACCACCCCACGCACGUCGCAAACGCCUAACCUGUACUCUUACUCGACUUCACUUGGGUCCGAGCCUGGAGUCUGGCUUGGAGAUCCUGGAUCCUAUUCGUGCGGAGAGACACCACCGGCUACUGUGGGCAUCAGGGCUCCCCGCAGCCACCAUAAUUCCGCUGGUGAAGUUGACUAUACGCAAAGCCUAUCUACGUCUCCGAACACACGCAACCCAGGUUUUCGCAGGUCAAACUCGGCCAUUACAGGAGCCCCAGGCCUGGCCGCGAGCUUGCCCCGCACACCGCAAAACAUGGUUUCAUCGUCGCCACCUGAUGGUCCUACAACACGCAAACGAGUUAGUCCUGCAGAGACCAUUUUGGGCAACCUUGCGCCAGCCGUGACGUGGGGUGCAUCAACGGUUUUCGGCGCAGGAGCAGCCGCCCGUCACGCUGACGCGGCAGCCGGUACAGCGGCAGUCGCUGCUGAGUUGAGGGCGGCGGCGGCGGCGGCGAGUGCCGCGGGAACGCGGACACCCUCAACUGACGGCAUCGAUGCGCCGUAUAAUAAUCUUGAGUCGAUGGUGGCAGUUAGCGUGAGCAUCAAACUCUUCAACGAGGGCAAUUUUGAUGACGAUGGUUGGAUGACAACUCCAUACUUGGAGCCGAAGCGCGGGGCGCUGUACGCUAGCUACCGCCAUGCGUAUGCCGAGAUGCUGCAGGUCUGGGGCCAACCUCUGGCAAGGCUCGAGAUCAUGAAGUUCAACAUCCUCAAGGGUGGUGAUCGAAAUGCGAACUCGAAGUCGAUGUUUGGACAGCAGAAUGAUGAUGACGAAGACGGUGGGCACAAGGGCCAUCACAACUCGCCUCAUGUGAGGGACACGAGUGCAACAAUCAAGGACGAAUACGGUGAAGAAGUCGUGACUGGCACACCAUCACCGACCUUGACUGUCAGCAGACGUAGGCAUCUUAAGGCGCUGAUGAGCUCAGGUCGCGGUUUAGACGUCACAGGAAUCUGCAGAAUUCACGAAACGAAUCUUGAGCCUCUGCAGACGAGCGGCCGGCCCUUACCCAGUCACUACGGCUCAGAACUUGUCUCUAUUGACGGGACGACGGCGGAGAUGACUAUAGGCGGUGCCGUGGGCACUUGCGAGCGCUGCCAACACAGCUUGCAGUCGCAACUGCGAUGCGUAUACUGCGCCGAGCCUGUCGCCGCCCUCUACCCGGCGUGUCUGGGGUGCGGGUGCCCAAGUCACGAGAAGUGCCUGGCCGAGUGGCAUGCAGCAGGAGAGCGACUCUGUCCUGCCGGUGACGAGUGCGACUGCGGGUCCGAGGCGGAUAACGGCAAGAUUGAAAGUUGGGCUGCCAUACAAGCAGCGCUGCUAGCGGCUCGAAAAGUCGAAAAAGAGAGGCAGGCGGCGGCGACAGCAGCAGCAGCAAGAAGCCGCAAGACAGUUCGUGUCGCAGGCGGGCCCCCGGCAAUGCUGAACUUGCCUCGGGAGAACGGCAUUGCGGGAUUCGUCACGCCGCCCAUGGCGUCGCCAAACGCAGCUCGCCCCAGACGACGGAGCAUGCCGGGCGGGAUCGGAUUGCAUGAGCAAGAGCAACAACAUACACAAAAGCAGCACCACGCGGGGGAUCCAGUGCGGAGGAUUCGCGAGGAGGAGGCUGAAGAUGGGGACGAUGGCAUGGAUAGAGAAGGGUGGGAGAGUGUAACUCUACCCCCGGGAGGCGGCGGGACAGGGUCUGGAGGCACUACGACGCCUGCAGGUUCAAGGUUGCCGUCUGCUGCGGCACAUCUGAAUCGAUUGCGGAAGCAGGUCGGAGAGAUGACUGGACGACCAUCGAUCCUAAGGCAGAGGAGCGGCGGGGUACUGCAGAAAAAGAUGCCCUAG